AUGAGAUACUUUUAAAAUCGUUUCAAUACUAGUGCAAUUUCUAAUGUGUAUAGUCAGAAUAAAAUUUGUAAAACUCAUAUACUUGGUGACUAGUGGUUGCCGGCAAGAUUCUUCUUCGUGUUAAAAUUGAAAGUUUAUUCGAUAACUACCGGAUUGAUCAACUUUUAUUUUGGAUUUAAAAACAAACAUUGUUAUAUAAACAGCAAUGGGUAAAAUGUAACGAAAACAGUUAAUGGUCUACGUCGGUUUUGAUCUGGCUAGGUAAAGUCCACAAGAAAUACCAACAAGCCUUAAACGGAAAGUGGUUGGUAUCUCGGUCGUUUAGGGGAAAACGGAAACUGCAAAUAUUUUCUCGUAGCUGACUAUGGACGUAAAAGUGUUGAUGGUCCAGGGUACUCGUCACGAGUCUGGCGGCUUCGCGUGACGCCGGAAAAUUUAUCUUGUAACGACUGUUUCGUGCGGCCAACACGGACGGCCGGAAAAAAAAAAACCCGAAACAAAAGACUCUCUCGAGAGGAGCGAGCCGCUUGGCAACAUCGCGGUCCGCCGCCGCCGCGCCGAAACCGGUCUUCGGUCGUUACAGGUGUGGUACGCGGUCACGAUGGUUCGGUCGGACAGGUACCGUCGACAGUGGGGGCGCAGAAAGGGAACGGAUGUGGCGGCGGUGGUGGAGUGUAAUUGGUGGCGGUGGUUGCGGCGGUGAGGCGGUGCGCAACAGUAACGACAACGUCGACUCGGGAAAAAAGCCACUGCCAUGACGGGCUUGUCGCUGAGGAAGCCGUGCGGCGAGAAGGAGUGCCCCGAGUACCACAUGUGCCAGGCCCACGAUCUCCAGUGCUAUCCGUGUCAUUCGUACUGCAACGAGACUUCGCACAACUUUGACGUCAAAAUAUGCCAACAACAGUGCCAAGAUUACAUACACGAUUAUGUGAAGCAUUACGUCAAGGAUAGUAACAUCCAAGAUGUGCUACAAGAGUUGGAGAGCCUGAAAUCGUUGAUAAUUUGGUUGACGUUAUUGGUGGUCAUUGCUAUCGCCUUGAUGUCCAUCAUGUUGGCGUUCGUUUGGAAACGCGAGAGGAAAAUGCCAAAGCUUAAGAACGGAGGCAAAGAUUCAUAUUUCAAAAAAAAAUUAGCUUUCUUAAAGUUUAGGAAGAACACGGUUAACACGGUGAGCGAGACUGUGGACAGCAAACCGUGGACGGUGGCGACGACUAUGAUGGCCGCGCACACAACGGACGCCCCGAAAUCGUCAUCGGCGGGUUCGUCGUCCGGCGACAGGACAAACCGCACGACCGUCUCAUCGUCGUCAACGUCUUCCACCGACAAACUUCCCUGCGAGGACGCUACCCUCGUGACACAGGAGUUCACCGGUUACGACAACCUGGGCCUGUGCAAAGUGUCACCAGUGCUGUGCAGCAAGCCAACGGCGACAAUGAAGAUGUACGGCACGACCGACGGGGACCUGCUCCACCGGUACUCACCCUAACCACCCCUAUCGCUCCGGGCGACCGGAAGACUCGCCGUCGCCGAUACGACGUGCCGGAUUGGGAUGUCCUAGACGGGGAGAAGUGGAAGACCAGACGAUGACGUGCGGCGAGCUCGCGCGCGCAUGGUCGAAGAAAUAAUUAACGUCGCCCGCGCAGGGCGGUACAUCUAAAAUACUUUUACCUUAGAUAUACAUAUUAUUAUUACCAGCCAAGGUUUGUGGACAAUAUCCGUUUUAGAUUGUAUUGUUUUAAUAUAAAUUGUAGAUUAUAAUGGAUAAAUUAUUAUCUGUGAUCCUUGACUGACGGUCGCGUCUUGUCGUUUCGACCCGCCGCAAUUGUUCCGCGGAAACUCGGUGAAACGCGACCUAUUGUCUAACAAUGUUAUUAUGUGUGUAGAUUAAUUUUGAUUUGGCUCGCUCAAAUGCUGUUUUUUGUGCAGAGGUGUGUGAUUUUAGACUUUUGUGAGCGAUAGCAGUAUCGUGUAGUAGUAUACUACUAGUUUGAGCGAUUCGAAAACCGUUCCGGGAACGUUAACUAAAAAGUUUAUAGUUGGAUCGAGUGCAUUUCGAAAAUUUCGUUUUAUGUAUAUUAUUAUCAAUACAAAGUUUUGUCGUAGUAUACACAAAUUUUCAACACAUAACGUAAUGUCACACACGCACAUACAUUUUAUAUGUGUGCACGCGCAUGUGUGUAACGCGUAAAUUGUAGUUUUUUCGUUUCUUUGUACCUAUAUUAUCAUUACAUUUUUUAAAUGAACUGCGCACAGUAUUAUAUCGACGACGCGCGUAUCGCGGUCCAAGUACUUAAAUCUUAUUGUUGUUAUUAUUGUUUUUCUUUCUUUUUUUAUAACAAUAUAAAAAAUUUAUACUAUUUUGUGUAUAACCUUGUAUUUUGUAACUUGGUUGAUACUUAGAAGUUAGGAUAAUGUGUUGUAUAUCGUAUACAACUUUAAAGCAUGUUGUACGCGCUUUAGCGAUUAAAUUAUUUUAAGUAUUAGAUUUAGUGAGCUAUGAGGAGGAUGAAAUAAACCUUUGAUCAGUGAACCCCGUCCAAUAAACUUUAACAGUUUUUAGAUAAUUUUACCCCACACUCGUCCAUGUCUGUACAUAUAUGUAUGUGUAUGUAUAGAUGCGCUGUCGGUGUAAAAUUGUAAGUUGUCGGCGAACGCCGUUCGUCUAACGUUGUACAUAAUUAUUAUAAUAAUAUUAUGUUUUUAUAGUAAAAACUUUUUUUUUUUAUAUAAUAUUAUAUGAAAUGA